GGUUGCGGCGCGCGGCGCUUCAUAACGUCAACAGACUCGUUGAGUUGUGCACGUGAGCCCAACAUUAGUCCGCGUGCGCGAAGUUUUAUACGAUGCAUUGAAAUAUUUUUUGUUUUGUGGUAGUGUUCUGUAUAAAAACAAUGUUUAAGUACAUAAUUGUUCUCACUCUCGCUAUGAACGCUGCCUCCGAGGCCUCCGUGCGGAUAUGUGAACCGAUAAAAGUGGCUAUGUGCAAGAAUAUUGGAUACAAUCAGACUGGAAUGCCUAACUUAGCACGACAUACACUUCAAGCAGAUGCCGAUGUGACUCUUCAGACGUUCAGCCCCCUCGUACAAUAUGGUUGUUCAUCCCAGUUACAUCUGUUUCUGUGCUCUGUUUACGUUCCAAUGUGUACGGAUAAAGUCGCUCUUCCAAUCGGGCCGUGUAGAGGACUAUGUGAAAGCGUAUACUCAAGGUGUUAUCCAGUGCUGAGAGGGUUCGGUUUCCCGUGGCCAGCUGAGCUUGACUGUUCUCUAUUUCCAGUGGAAAAUAAUCAUGAGCACAUGUGUAUGGAAGGGCCAGGAGAAAGGACUCCAGUGGGGACUGUACCUCUUGAUACGAAUAGUGCUAGUAGGAGUGCAUGUAGAAGAUUAAUAAAACCUAAUAACUGGAUUUGGGUUAGGGGAACGGGACGAUGUGCCCAGUUUUGUGACGCUGAAGUGUUAUGGGAAGCUGGGGAGAGGAAGGCUGCCGAAGUGUGGUUAGCUACAUGGGCUGCGUUGAGUUUUGUAUGUUCCUUGGCGGCAGUGGUGGCUCAGUUAGCGUGUGGGGAUCGAGGGGGCUCUGGAGAGAGAGCCUUGGUAUUGGUCGCCCUCUGCAGGUGUGCUGCGGCAGCCGGUUGGGGAGUAAGAGCAGCGGCCGGUCGGACAGCAGCGGGCUGCGCUAAGGAUUCCACCUCACCAACCCGAAUGCUGCUUGCUCAUGACGGCCUGGCAAACCCGAACUGCGCUGUUGUAUUCAUGCUUCUAUAUUAUUUUGGAUUGGCUGCAUCUGUAUGGUGGGUUGUGGUAGCGGGUGCGUGGAGAGCAAGUGUGUUGCGUCCACCAGUAACACCUGCAACCUCAAGAAACGACAGACAUUCGUCGUUAUUACAGCUGGCUGCUUGGGGCGUGCCAGCCGCACUGGCAGCGGCUGUAUUAGUCACAAGAGAUGUGGAUGCCGAUGAACUUACUGGUACAUGUUUUGUUGGGAACCAGUCUAGCAAGUCUCUGCUCGCCUUAGUUAUUAUCCCUGAAGCGAUUUGCCUGCUACUCGGCUCCGUGUUCUUGGCUUCAGGACUGAGGACAGUUCUCCGGCGUCCGACGCCAGCGCCAGUCCCAGGGCCGUUGCUGAAUGCACCAAGUCACCCACAACCCCACACAGACCAAAGUAUCCUGCGGUUAGGAGCGUUUACUGCUCUGUACGCAGUUCCCUCCGCAUGUAUAUUGGCAACGUGGAUUUACGAGUAUGCUUGGAGAGAUGAUUGGCUCACUGGACCUGUCCCGUCAAGCGAACCCUCAACGCAGCCCCGACCAGCUCUCUGGGUGUUCCUAUUUAGAAUAUUCGCUACGCAAGUCCUGGGAGUGAUGGUUGCCGUUUGGAUUGCCACACCGCGUCUCAAGGCGUUGUGGCGGAGGAUCAGUAGUCCUCGAAAACCCGUGAUUGCGAAGUCCCCUGUUGGACCUCCGCCUGCCCCACUUUCUAUGCAUUGUUAUGCUGGCCACCCGCACACACUCAACCGGCAUUCACAUAAAUAUGCGACGUAUAGACCCCCACAGCAGCAGUCGUAUCGAAAACCAAGGCAUUACCACUACUCUGCGGGUGAAACUAUUCUAUGACAACUUAAAAGAUACUUAUGAUUAAAAAUUUACAGCGAUCAAUAGCAUUUUAACUAUGAUCAAUAGGAUGGUGCUACAACCUAAUGUAAUUCACAGUUGUUCUGUUAUAGUCUGUUAACUUUUAGUUUACCGGGCCAGAAAGAAUUGUUUGUGCUGUUAUUGGAGUGCCAUUAGCAACUUAUAGCGUUUAAGUUGUAGAAUGUAGUAAUAGCUUACGAAUGUAUUUGUGUAUAAUAAUUGUAAGUAAAUCUUGCCACUAAUAAAGACUGGAUAAGUUUUGAGUGUAUAAAAAACCUAACCUAACCUCGCUCACUGCCUUAACAUAUUCAGAUAUUUGUAAAUAUAUUGUACUUAAUUAUUGUUAAUUCAAUUUAUUUUUGUGUUUCCAUAAUAUAUACAUCUU